UGCUCUCUCUCUGUUCAGUAUAAUCAUCAGGUUGAGGGGUAGGAGGGGGAAUGCAUGGCAGAGACUGAGGUUUUUUAGGAAGAAGAGUGUGAGGGGAUUAUAGGAAGACGAGUGUGGUGCAAGAGAGUGUGUGUAUAUGUGAGUGAGGGUAGUGUGUUUGUGUGUGUAGUGAGUGAGUGUCCGUGGGGGUGAGCUGCUCGCGUGUCACAUUCCAGCUUCCAGGGAUCGACCCCUGUCUACCGGGAGACGGACCUGGAGAACUUUGAAGAAUAAUUAUUGGAAAACUGUGAUUGUAAAACCUCUGUAAACCUGUAUCUCGCUGUGACUUUGAGCUGUUGCUGGUCUCGCUCGGAAAAUACUAAUCUGUUGAAGGAGGGAUUCUCUCUACUCUCCACUUCCUCUGUUUCUGCUGCUGGAUCUCUGGGCUUUGGAUGUUGGUUUCACUGGUGCCGCACUUUCCACGGCUCAAAAACAGGACGGGAGGAGAAAAAAGAAGAGGGCAGAUGAAGAAAGGAGAACAUGAAAUUAUUUUUUUUUUCAAUGGAAUGGAUUAAUAAUCUGGAUCAUGGAUGUCAGCCUUCAUGGAUUGUUUCACUGACAGUCAACUAAACUCAGUCUGCGUUCCAGAGGUGGGACCAACCAAGUCAUUGUUUUACAAGUCACAACCUACAGUGACAGAGAAGACUGCUGUGCUGUUCUCAGCUGAGGAAAGGAGAGAAUUCAGUUCAGACUUUAUGGAAGGGGGUAGCCAGAAGACCUUAUGAUGCCCUAAGGGUUCAAAUGUUGUUUCCAUAAAACCAUAUUGGAUUAAAGACCAGAGUCAGCCGAGUCUGACUUAUAGACAGAAGAUACUAGCCUAGACCAGAGAGGCCAAAGACGCAGUUAGUGACAUCAUCAUGAAUGCCCCGCCCACAGGAAGUCCCAGCCCAAAUAUGGAGGUGAAGGUGGUCUCCCAGGAGAUGGCAUUGUUUAGCAACGCCCUGGCGGCCUACACCUUCAUAGCAGACCAGCCGGAGCGAGCAGCUCUUGUGUUUGUUAGUGGUGUGUGUGUGGGUCUCCUUCUCACCCUCUGUGCCCUGGUGGUGCAGAUACACUGUCGCACCGACUGUCACUACAGUAAUCGACGGCGACAUCACCAUCAGCAUAGAAACAGGACUCACCACCAUCACCAUGGGGACCAUCACUGUCACCACCACCACCAACCUGGCAACCCUAACACAGGCAACCCUGGCGUAACCACGGAGACGAGUGAAGACAGCGACUCAGAGGACUGGGACGACAGGAACUCUGACCUUACGGCUCGACGACGAAGGCGAUUUGAGAGAACGCUGCUGCAAACCAGCGUUUUCACCUCCGCAGAAGAGUUGGAGCGAGCUCAGAGGGUUGAGGAGCGAGAGAGGAUCAUGCGAGAGAUCUGGAUGAAUGGACAGCCUGAUGUCAACACUGUCACACGCAGCCUCAACAGAUACUACUAACAGGAAUGGAGAAAGAGAGGAAGAGAGAGACAAAGAGAGUGAUGGCUACACAUACGGAUGGAAGAAGAGAAAAAGAAAGGAUAGGGAAAUUAUGCAAUUUUAGACAAUGUCGCAUUGGGUGCAUGAAGCCUACAAAUCAAAUCAGAUAUUAUUGGACACAUAGACAUAUUUAGCAGAUGUGGGUGUAGCGAAAUGCUUGUGUUCAGUAGUUGUGGAUAGUGACAAAUGGGAAUGGAUGAGGGAGAGGACAAUGACCUCCAUCCAGUCCCUCUGACACUGGGCACAGAACCAUGAGGUUUAGGGUGUGUCUGGCGCAGUGAUGUAGUGGUAAAGAAAUAGGUGGGUACACGCUUGAUUGCCUUCGCAAUGAGUAAAGUAACGUUCCUUAUACUUUCAAUGCAUUUUCCACAAAAAUUGUGCAAAAAUAAAAAAGGUGUGUAAAACAGCUUUUACGAGCAUUUACCCUCCACUACACCACUGGUCUGACAUGACACCAGGCUUACGCCAAUCUAAGGCUCUUGGGAGCUGUGAUGGGGAGGGAGAAAGUGCACACUUCACACUAGAGGAAAGAAGUAGGUCAUGAGAAUGCAGCAGCCUAAUCGUUGCCCAGGGUGGUUCCUCUGGAGUCAGCCCCCGCCCGAGACCUGAGGUGGAUGUUGUCAUCAACCUGUGUGUAAACUGUGACCUUCCUGACGUCAUCACCAUCACCGUUGACAGCGGCUCACAAUUCACAUCUAUGGAAAUCUCUGUUUUCCUGGCUAAACGUUCUGGUUUUUGUCCUUCGUUCCAGACAGGUACUGACUUACACAGCACAGUUCACUACAAGGACAAGGACCACAGAAAAGACCUGUCAACUGGAAUGACAUUUUUUUGCCUUCACUCAAUCUUAAUGUGCAUUUAAUUGAUUCACUGUUGUACUUUGUGGAUUCAUUCCUUUUUAUAAAAUAGCAACACUUUCUUAGUUUGUCUCAGGGACGCUUUGAAGGGUUGUCAUUGGGGAAAUGUUUGCAUUUGGAAGAUGACGCAACAAUCCUUCCUUAGAGAGACUGUGACUAUAAAACUGCGUCAGUUUGGUUUGUCAGCAGGAGUGUGCAUUCGUUAGGUAACUAGCACGGCUGUGUGCCUUAAACGUAGUCACGGCAGACAGAGGCACCGCUCCAAUUCAGUCAACUCCUGAACAGUGCCCUUCAGACAACAAGUGCAAUACAGUCCCCGUACAGCCCUAAAAGAAGCCACCACCAUAUUGCUAACACCUAUCUUUUCCCUUCAGAUGUGAAACACUGAAGAGGUAGCUAGAGUCUCUACUAUAUGUGUUGCUUUUGGAGUGAAGCUGGGUGGUGGAACACUAUGAUGUUUUUAAUCGGGUAAAUGGCGCAACACAACAGUGUUAUUAUCUCUGCAGUGUUUCUGGGUGUUUCCCCUAGCUUGUCGUCUAUAUUAGAAAAGCUGUCUGUGAAGUGAAAAGUCUGUCUGAGAGAGAGGUUCUGUAUGCAUCCUUCCUUCCGCUCUUCCUUGAGGGAAUCGCAGGUCUGAGAGAGGUGUCUAGGUGAAAACAGUCUCGUUCUCACUUAUCCAGUCCAUACAGAUCAGUGAUUUCCUCAAGGAACUGAGAAAAGACUGGAAAUAAACAUUGCAUUGAAGGAUACUUUAAUUUAGUACUCAAACAGGGACAGUGAAUGACUGAGACUAACACACGGACCUUUUAUUGAAUAAUAAAACCCUUUG